AUGGACGGAAUGGAUUUCCAGAGUUGGCUAUGGAACGUAGAUGCCGCCGCCGGAUACUCAGGGACCGAGAAGAAAAGGGCAACGGAUCUAGAUAAUCCGCUACGACAAGAUGUCACCAAUGAGCUGUUGGAGGAUUUAGACCUGGCCACGUUACCUCCGCAUGCGUUAAGGCUGAAAGUGGGAUGCGUGGUAAUGCUGAUAGUGAAUUUAAAUGUCAAGCGUGGUCUUUGUAACGGUCAGCGUAUGAUCGUACGUGAUCUGCAGGAUGACGUGCUCAUGUGUUCUAUCGCGAGCGGACAAUGUCAAGGGCAAAAAGUUGCUCUACCCCGGAAGGAGUUCGUGGAGGACUGCGAAUCCACCGGAAUGCCGGGCAACUUAAGCCGCAAACAAUUUCCCAUCAAAUUAGCACACGCGAUCACCAUCAAUAAGGCACAAGGACAAACACUUGACAUGGUAGGAAUUUACUUGGGCUUACCGUGCUUCACUUAUGGACAGCUUUAUGUAGCGUUGUCACGAGUCAGGACGAAAAAUUCCAUAAAGCUUAGCAUCGUGGACGGACCGAAGCAAGGUCGACCACAUAAGGAUUGCAUAAAAAGUAAUCCUAUUUAUACAAGAAAUAUUGUGUACAGUGAGUUUUUGGAAAAGGGGAACUACGGAUAA